AUGGGUAAGCCGGAUACGUUGGGCGAUGAUGCUUCAGAGCACGAGCGUGCUUUGUUCAAGUGUCGGAUGGCGGAGAAUGCAGAGCGAUUCGAUGACAUGGUAUCGUUUAUUCGAAAAGCUUGUGAGAGCUCUACGGAGCCCUUGGGGCCGAAUGAGAGGAACUAUUUGUCGGUGGCGUACAAGAAUAGUGUUGGAGCUCGGCGGAAUGCGUUGCGGUGUCUGACGGCGAUGAAGCAUAAGUACGAGCAGAAGGAAGCGAGUAUUAAUGUCAAGAUCAUUGACGAUUAUUACGCCGCCGUAUUGGAAGAGUUAGUCGGUAUUUGUAAUGAAGUGCUCAAUUUGAUCGACAAGCAGAUCUUGAGACCUGAGGUACUUAAUGAUUUGAAGGAUGAUCUAUCUGCUCGUGAGUUUAAAGUAUUCUUCCAUAAGAUGUACGCCGAUUACUACAGAUACCUUAGUGAAUUUGCUACUGGUGGCGACAAGACAGUUGCGAUCCAAAAGGCAAGCGAAAACUACAAGAAGGCUAUGGAGUCAGCCAGUCAAGGACUCCCACCCAGCCACCCUAUCAGACUUGGUCUCUGUCUCAACUACUCUGUAUUCUUGUACGAAAUAGAGGACCAACCAAAGGAGGCCAAAGAGCUUGCUAAGAAAGCUUUCGAUGAGGCCCUCGAUAACCUCGACUCAGCCGGAGAACUUGAAUACAAAGACAGUACACUCAUUCUCCAACUACUCCGUGACAACACUACACUCUGGUGCAGUCAGGAUAAUGACUCCAACACUGGCGCCCCUGCUGCACCGCAGCCAGGCCCUGCGGACCAGAAACCGGCAGCACCUUGA